GCCUGAGGCGCGGGGCGCCGGGAGGACGAGGAGGCGGUGCCUGGAGGCUGCUGGAGCGCCGCGUUGGGGCCUCCAGACACAAAGAGCUGCGAACGGGACGAGCCCUGGGAUCCCCGCGCGAGCUAGCCCCGUCAGCUCGCGCCCCUGUGCCCCGCGCGGGGAAGACCAGAGGCGGCCACUGCCCAGCUUGCUAUGGGAUGGACGAAGAAGAAGAGAACCACUAUGUUUCACAGCUCAGGGAAGUCUACAGCAGCUGUGACACAACAGGGACAGGCUUUCUGGACCGGGAGGAACUGACCCAGCUCUGCCUCAAGCUGCAUCUGGAAAAGCAGCUGCCCAUCCUUCUGCAAACACUUCUUGGAAAUGACCACUUUGCCAGGGUUAACUUUGAGGAAUUUAAGGAAGGUUUUGUGGCAGUAUUGUCAUCAAGUGCUGGUGUUGGCUCCUCUGAUGAAGACAGUAGUUCUUUGGAAUCAACGGCCUCUCGUGCUGUCCCACCAAAGUACGUGAGCGGCUCUAAGUGGUACGGUCGCUGGAGCCGGCCUGAGCCUGAGCCAGGUGGCCCUGCAGUAGGAGCCAAAUUUUUACCAGAACAGCAGGCCUGGACCUCUGGGAGAGGCCAGUUCCGCCGCUCUGCGUCUUUGGAAAGUGUGGAGAGUCUCAAGUCAGAUGAAGAAGCUGAAAGUGCUAAAGAACCUCAGAAUGAGUUGUUUGAAGCACGAGGCCAGCUGCCAGCUUGGGGUUCUGAGGUCUUUGGGUGUCUCCAGAAGCCCUGCAGCCCCUCCUUGGACACCCCUGAGAGCCGGGUCCGGGGCAUCUGGGAAGAGCUGGGUGUUGGCAGUAGCGGCCACCUCAGUGAGCAAGAGCUGGCCAUCGUCUGUGAAAGCAUCGGGCUCCAGGGACUGGAGAAGGAGGAACUGAAGGAUCUGUUUAACAAACUGGAUCAAGAUGGAGACGGCAGAGUGAGUUUUGAGGAAUUCCAGCUUGGCCUGUUCAAUCAUGAGCCCACUUCACUUCCAGAAUCUUCCACUCCUGUCAAACCGAGCAUGUCCUGGUCUCAUUACCAGGUCCUGGAGGAGGGUGGCUGCCCAACUGCCACAACAUCGUCCCUUGUGUCUGUGUGCUCAGGCCUGCGUCUCUUGUGCAGCAUUGAUGACGGCACUGGCUUUGCAGUUCCCGAGCAGCUCAUCGCCCUGUGGGCCCAGGAGGGAAUUCCGAAUGGCAGGGAGAUCUUGCAGAGUCUCGACUUCAAUGUGGACGAGAAGGUGAACCUUUUGGAGCUGACCUGGGCCCUUGAGAAUGAGCUCAUGAUGGUUGGUGGUGCCACUCAGCAGGCAGCCUUGGCCUGCUACCGCGAGGAGCUGACCUUCCGCCAAGGGCAAGUGGAGCAGAUGGCAAAGGAGCGAGACAAGGCGAGGCAGGACCUGGAGAAAGCAGAGAAGAGGAACCUGGAGUUUGUGCAAGAGAUGGAUGACUGUCACUCUGCCUUAGAGCAGCUCACAGAGAAGAAGAUCCAACAUCUGGAGCAGGGGUACCGGGAAAGGCUGAGCCUCCUGCGAUCCGAGGUGGAGAGGGAACGUGAGCUGUUCUGGGAGCAGACCUGCAAGCAGAGGGCCAUGCUGGAGAAGGACCUGGAGCGCCUGCGGGCCGAGGAGGCCAGCCUCCGGGAGAAGCUGACCCUGGCCCUGAAGGAAAACAGUCGAUUACAGAAGGAGAUUAUUGAAGUUGUGGAAAAGCUUUUGGAAUCAGAGAAGCUGGUCUUGAAACUUCAGAAUGACAUGGACUUUGUGUUGAAGGACAAGCUGGAACCACAGAGCACAGAGCUCCUGGCCCAGGAGGAGCGGUUCGCGGAGGUCCUAAAGGAGUAUGAGUGCAAGUGCCGGGACCUGCAGGACCGCAAUGAUGAGCUGCAGGCUGCACUGGAAGGCCUGCAGGCACGGUUGCCCCCAAGCUGGCAUAGCCAGCCCCAUGCGCAGCCAGAGGAAUGGCUCCUCUCUGGACACGGACCAGCAGGCAUUUCAUUUGUUGGUGACUCCAUUCCAGUGAGUUUAGAAACGGAGAUAAUGGUGGAGCAGGUGAAGGAACACUGCCAAGACCUCAAGAUCCAGCUGGAGACCAAGGUCAAUUCCUACGAAAGGGAAAUGGAAGCAAUGAGAAGGGACUUCAUGAAGGAGAGGGAGGAGAUGCAGCAGUCCUUCAGGCUUGAGAUCCACAUGCUGGAGUGCCGUAGGGCUGACCUGGAGGUGCUGCUUAGGAAGUCUCAGGAGCUCAUCCGAGGCCUGCAGGACCAGCUCCAGCAGGUGACCCGCGGCCCUCUGCCGGAGAGGGCGGACUUGGGGCAGUGCUGCAUGCAGGCGCUGUCUGGCCCAGCUGGGCUGCUGGCCCAAGAGCAGGACCUGCUGGAGCAGGAGCAACACCAGAGGCAUCGGACUGAGUUGCCACGAAUCAGAAUCGAGUUGGAUAGGCUUUCUGAAGAAAAUGAAUUGUUGAAAAAUGAGCUGGGAAGGAUUCAGCAAGAGCUCGAAGCAGCAGAAAGGACAAAUGAUGCUCAGAGGAAGGAAAUCGAGGUUUUAAAGAGAAACCAGGAAAAGAGCUGCUCUGAAGUGGAAGAACUCAACAAACAGAGUCAGAAAUGUAGGGAUGAAGUGUCGCAGCUCAAUGAGAAGGUCCUUCAGCAGGGAGAGGUGACCUCUCCCCACCAGGCCCAGAAUGAGAACUGCAUCACCAUUCAGCUAUUAACACAGAGACUGGAGGAGGUGGGGCAGUGGGAGGAGCUGCAGGGUGAGCACAUCCAAAAACUUGAACUUGAACUCAAACACAUGAAUCAGGAAUGUCAGAGCCUGAGACUGUCACAGUCACAGCUGAGAGACACUCUUGAAGAAAGUCAAGACCAGCUGCACAGAGCCAACCUGGGGUUGGGGUUGGCCCAGUCCCAACACUCCGAGGAGGUUCAUCGGCUGCAGGAGCAGAUGCAGGGGCUGGUGCCUCGGGACCAUGUGGCUGAGCUGCAGCAGCUGCUAGAAGAGGAACGGCAGGUGGCUUGGCGGUUCCGUGAGGAGUGCCUUCUCCAGAAGGAAAAGGGGAGGCGGCUGGAGACACAAUGGGAAGAACAUGAAAAAGAGCUUAAAGACACGGAAGAGCAGGUAGAAGAGAUGGGAAUGGUUCUGAAGAAUGUGGAAAUGCUCCUACAAGAAAAAGUGGCUGAGCUGAAAGAACAGUUUGAAAAGAACACAAAGUCUGAUUUGCUGCUCAAGGAGCUCUAUGUGGAAAAUGCUCACCUGAUGAAGGCACUUCAGGUCACCGAAGAGAAGCUACAAGGUGCUCAGAAGAGAAACCACAUUUUGGAAGAAAAAGUUAGAGCUCUCAACAGACUCAUCAGUAAGAUUGCUUCAGCUUCUCUCUCUGUGUGAAGAAGACUGCUUGUUUUCCUGGAAUUCAUUUUGAAAGAACAUCUUUUAAAAUUAAGCCACCAUAGUGCCAAAACUUUCUAUAGUUCAUUGGCUGUGCACCGGGCAUAGCAGGUUUCUGAUUCUUUCAUGUUCACCUCACACACAUUUAAAAAUGUCUGUUGUGCCAGAUGCUCAGAAAAUAGACAUGCUGGAAAAAACUACAUUUUUAUUAGUGGUCCUGGGUAAUUUCUGUAGGUAAAAUUCCCAGUUUUGCUACCAGUGGGUGAAACAGAUUAUGCCAGCUUUCAGCGAAGAAAGACUAAAAGAAAAUGGUAAAAUUAAUUUCAGUGUUGUACUUUUGACCUUGGCUGCAGAGAAUAAAAUGAAAAAUAAGUGCUCUGGACACUUUCACCCUUUCACUACUACUGCUUUGGGUUUAGAUCAUUAGCAUUCUCAAUCUGGGUCUAUACAGACAUUCUAGAAGGACUAUUCACUCUGACCGUCCACCCUUCUCCACCACAGGAAGAUGUUUGGGGAGUGCCUAUUUUAUGUCUGUGGACUCAGGGAUGAUAGUAUUUAUUGUGAAUGCAAUCUUGUCCUCAAUGAAAUGUCAUCACACUGGAAAUUGUAUUAUAUAUGUAAAGAAGAAAAACUAUAGUUUUAUAUCCAAAAUAUAUGUAAGUUAUGGUUAUUCGGUUUAUGAGAACACACUAUGAAAAGUACUAUGAAGAAUCACUGUAUUUACAAAAACUCUUUUCUAUUAAAAUUGUUUUAACUUCUAGGUUUAA